UGUACGUUUUUAUAGCCUAAUUUAGUAUUUUUCUCUUAUGCUUACUCUCACGGUGCACAGUCAAAGCUUGGUCCGAAAUGCAUCCAACAACCCAACCCUAACCCACAGCAACCAACAACCCUUUCUCCGCCGUUGGAUUGGUUGAACCUCCGAACUGUUGAACCGAUAUCCGGAAUGGUUCGAUGACCGCUCAGUUUUCAGAAUCUUGGUUUCCAUGGCCGCGUGGCUACCAUGAUUGUUAUUGAGAGAAACUUCCACUCAAGACUCUGCAUCCACUCCCAGCUUUGUUGUGAAGUUGCUUCAUCAUUCUCUCACAUUGUUCGACUGCAUUGCAUGCACAAAAUUCGAUGUUAUAUGGGUUCUCUUGAUGCAUGUCUGGGUAAUAAGAAAAACAUUAGUAGCAAUUCCUUAGUAUCGGUUAUUGUAGGAUCUAAUUCCUAUAGCCGUGCUCCUAAUAACAACUUUAGAAGUUUGAGCAUAGUUGGUGCCAUGUCAAAAUACGAAUCUGUCGAAACUCAUUCUUUCCUUCAAGCACCGAGUCUUCAACACCGGUUUAAAAACUGGCAAACACUUAGAAAACACAAACUGACAGCUAGCACUUUUGCUGCUGCUAUUGGAUUUUGGCGUAGGCAAAGGUGCCAGUUGUGGCUAGAGAAGAUAGGUGCUAUUGAACCAUUCUCAGGAAACAUCGCUACCUGUUGGAACAAUAUCAAAGAGGAGGAAGCACUUGAAAGAUACAAGCUGAUAAGUGGCAAUACUGUAUUGUUUCCUGAACUUCAGGUGUAUGGUGCUAACACUGAAAAUGACUGGCUAGCUGCUUCGCCAGAUGGUGUACUUGACAGAAAGCUAUUUGAGUUGUCUUCUCAUGGGGUUCUAGAGAUAAAGUGUCCGUAUCUCAAUGGAGACAUGAGUAAAGCCUUCCCUUGGUCUCGAAUUCCAAUUCGCUAUAUUCCUCAAGCUCAGGGAUUAAUGGAGAUUCUAGGGAGGGAUUGGAUGGAUUUUUAUGUAUGGACUCCUAAUGGCAGUAGUUUGUUCAGGUUACAUCGUGAUGCUGAGUACUGGAAUGUGAUGGAAAUGGCACUAUCUGAUUUCUGGUGGAAACAUGUCCAUCCAGCAAGGGAGUUGUAUAGUAGGAAAGUUAUAACAGACCCUCUUUUUGAAUUAAGAUCAUUUAGACCAGCUCGGAGGCAUGAGUUAUGCAGUCAUAUCAUUUCUGAAAGCAUACGGAUUGCUAAUAGUUCGAAGUUAUUAAUGCGGGAAAUACGUGGAAUAUUGCAACCAGAUGACUCCCACGGUUAGAUGAAGGACAUUAGUGUAGUAAUAACAUUUUUUUUACAGGGAUCCCAAUUUUUUUGGUGAUCUGUUUAUAUCAGUAUAGUUUAUGAAGAUAUUGAUGUUGCUGACAGAGGAUAAUAUUGUAAAUUUGAUAUGGUUAUAGAUACAUCUAUGAGAAUAUAUGAAAUAAAGAAGUAAUUGUUAAAUAUGAUUGGUUGAAGCCGGAGAAUAGAGAAAGGGAUAGAAACAAACUUGCCAGGUUAUGGAACCUUAUAAAGUUGGGACAUUUGAUAUGGAGAAAGUGGAGAGUUCAACAGCUGGUACAUUUGUCAAUACACCAUAUCAUUUCUUUAUUUGAGAAAACAAAAUGACCUAAUAUGUGAAGUGAGUAGAAUGUUCAUAGUAUGAAAUGUGAAUUUACAUGCUAUAAAGUCUAGUCUAAGGAUUCAAGACUACAUUCCUUUUAUCUUCCUCUCUGGAUUCUCCUGAGAUUAAAAUCACUUCUCAUUUGCAGAGUGACCUGGUUCUCUAGGCUUCAUCAAGGUAAUUUGUUAGGCUUAAUGAACUUGAACUGAAGCAUUAGCUGUAAUUAUCAUUUGAUUGAUUGUUAACCUGUUUCUUCUGAUCUCAA